CAAAAUGUAUCUAAAUUGUUGUCAUAAUGUAUAUUAUUAUUGUUGGUUUUAUGUCCUUUUGCGCAAACGCAGAUCAGUUUUCCCGUCAUGGUUCAUACGCUGGCCUCUAUGUUAAUCGCAUAGUGAAACGUAUCAAGUGAGAAUAUAGUUUAGUAUAUUGUGGUUAAUACAAAAAAAAAAAAACAAAAAUUGCAAUUUUCAGUGCCAUGCCUAAAUAUUUCUUACACAAAAACAAAAUUUAAUUACUUAAUUCGAAAAAUCAUAUUUCUACCACUUAUUUUUAGGUGAGUGACUACGACUAGGAUAAAUGAUUCCUAUGUACAUUAUCGUUACUUUACCGUGUAUCGGUUUAAUAUACUGGUUGUAUUGGAGAUGGACUCACAGACAAUUGUUAGACUUGGCAUCUCAACUUCCUGGGCCGAAAGCUUUACCGAUACUUGGCAAUGCCUUGUUAUUCAUGACGAAACCAGAAGAGCAAUUAAAUAAAAUCGCAGAACUUCUAGAGAAAUAUGGUGAUUAUGUCCGAUUCUGGCUUGGACCAGAUCUCAUCGUCGGAGUAAAGGACCCAGCUGAUAUAAGGUAUCUUUUAACGAGCAAUAAAGUGAAUCAGAAAGGUCCAGCAUAUGACUUUAUGGUGCCAUUUAUUGGCAAAGGAAUCCUUACUGGAGGACCUAAAUGGCGCACGUAUCGAAAAAUAGCUAAUCCUUCAUACAAUAAAAAAUCCAUUGAAAUAUAUCAAACCGCUUUCAACGAGGAAGCUGGAAUAUUAGCCAAUAUUUUGCGGAGUAAAGACAAUAAAUCGUUUAACGUGUAUUUUGAUGUUUUGCAAUGUACCACCCAGGCUGUAUGUCGAACUCUAAUGGGCCUGACAAAGGAGGAUAUAAACAAAAUAAGGAAUUUACAGGAAGUUAUAUUAGAAACGCAAAAUAUGUAUGAAAUGAUGUUCAUGAAAAUGACUCGUUGGUGGCUACAGAUACCUAUAAUAUACUGGCUGAGUGGGAAAUUAAAAAUACAAAAGCAUUAUUUGAAAAUUAUUGAUGAAAUGAUAUCAGACAUAGUUGAGAUAAGGCGAAAAGCAAUAAACGAAGGAAAGUUCCACGAAGACGGCAUGGGAAUUGUCGACCGUUUUAUUUUGAGUUGUAAACCAAUACAUGAAAUUAAAUAUGAAACAUUUGCAUUGUUUACGACGAGUCAAGAGGCGUCUGCCAAAAUAGCAUCUGGUGUUUUGCUGUUCUUGGCUCAUCUUCCAGAAUGGCAGAAACUGGUCUACGAAGAGAUAGUUCAAGUUUUGGGACCUGAUGAAGAUGUUUCUGAAGAACAGCUGAAGAAAUUGCAACACCUGGACAUGGUGUACAAAGAGGUACUACGGUACCUGUCUAUUGCCGCUCUUAUACAACGGACUGUUGAAGAAACUAUUACAAUUAAGAAAGGUACGAUAACAUUACCUCCUGGUACUGUAGUGGUGAUACCAAUACAUGAUCUCCACCGGGAUACGAGAUUUUGGGAUGAACCCCACAAGGUCAAACCAGAAAGAUUCCUGCCUGAAAACAUGAAAAACAGAGACCCAAACGCUUUCGUGCCUUUUAGUUUGGGUGCCAUGGAUUGUUUAGGAAGGGUUUAUGCAACGACGCUCAUAAAAACAAUAAUUGUUCGAGUCCUGAGGCACGUGGAAUUAACAGCUGAAGGGAAUCUGGAAGAUCUGGACUUGCAUGUGGCUAUAUCUGUGAAGUUCGCUAAAGGAUACAAUCUACGCGUAAAACCUAGAUCUUAGGACUUAGGACAUAUUGAGAUGGCAGGAUGUACAAUUAUUACAGUAUUUUGUAUAAUAUUAUAGAUGUAAUUUGUAAAUAUAAUGUUGCGAGUCU